ACUGUAAUUGCACAGACUGGCAUGUUCCAAUAUCACGGCGAAAUCCUGGUCUUUGUCACAUUAUGUUAUGCCCGCGGCUGCAAGGUUUUGAAUUCCUGGAUUUUGUUUUGGGGACCUUGUUGGACGGCGUUGGUUCCGUUUUUUACCCAGAAACCGGGGAACCGAAAAUUGGUUGGUUGCCUAUCUUGGUUUUCCGUGAACGGCAGGGCGCGGGGGAUGCAGGCGCCUCGGUGCGUUUUGACGAUUGCGGCGUCCGCGGGAAAAGGGUGAGUUGGCUGUUCCAAAGCUGCCGUUGCCGGAGGCGAUGGAUUCCCCGAGGGGACGGGUUGGAGGAGGCUCUAGAUGCUGGCCGCCGGGCUGCGAACAGGUUUCUUAUGAAACGGAAAUGCGCCGCCGGUCUUGGGGGCCUGUCGGUCAUGAAGUUCAGACAAACUUCCCCCGAAAACGUGGUGUGGCACAGCACGCGAAUAGAGUGCGGCUGUCUGGAGACGGGGUGGGCACGACACCGGGAGGCAAGCUGGCAGGUCGUACCGAGCUCGAGCUGCCCCGUCCCGUGGUUCAUUCAUCAUUUUCUGUGUCUCUCACCUCCCCUGACGAGAACGCAAGAAACAACAGUCUUCGCCCGACUCCUGCGCCCGAAGUCCAGUCCAUUCAGGCUAUUCAGCACUCUCAGCCCUCCCGGAGAAAUCCCCUUCGCCCAGCCCAACAGUGGAAAUUAGAACCAAGUAAAAGCCCCCCGUUGCCCUCGUGCGCCGCCGCGCCGUCGCCCGGCCACCUCGCCUCCGCCGACCUUCGUUCCCAAGGCUCAGCUCCCAGUCAAGCAUUUGGCGAAGCAAUUGGCGUUUAAUUGCGGCGUUUUGUUGAGGCGCUGUUGCGGCGUUUGUUU